AUGUCUGCCAAAUAUGACAGCUCCGCCGUAGGUCCUGCCCCUCUUCCUCCCACAGAUGCCCUUCUCAGCUUGCGAACAGGCAAAGUCCGCCCCAUGGGUGGAGUAAACAUCCGCAGCGCCAUCAACAAGCGAGAUCGUCAAGGAAAAUGGGAAGUUACUUUUCUGGGUCUUGUCGGCGACGAGCAUGACUACAUCCAUCAUGGUGGCCCCGAGAAAGCGCUGCAUCAAUACUGCGCUGCUCACUAUGAUGCGUGGAACGCUCAACUCCCGGGUCGACAUGAUCUCUUCAAAAUUGGUGGAUUUGGAGAGAACCUCUCGACAAGGCACAUGUCAGAGCACAAUGUCUGUAUCGGCGACGUUUACCGCGUAGGAAAAGGUUCUGUGAGAAUCCAGGUGACAUCCCCUCGACAGCCGUGUUACAAGCUGAAUCACCGCUUUCAACACAAGAAAACUUCAGCUAUGGCGCAGUCAACUGGUCGUAUGGGGUGGUACUACCGCGUCAUCAAUACUGGAUUUAUCGAACAGGGUGACGAGAUGGAACUUGUCGAACGGAUUCACCCAACCUGGCCUCUUGCUCGUGUCCAGAACUACCUCUACCACGAAAAGGAUAACUACGAGGCGUUUAGAGAGUUGGCCACUCUGCCUGCCCUGUCUGAAGAGAUGUUGAACAUCUUUCGCACACGUCUUGAACACGGUGCCGAAGAUAUGAGUGGUCGCCUCGAAGGUGAUCGCAUUCCUGUGGUCUGGCGACCUUACAAGUUGGUCUCCAAAACAGAUCUCACCACGCGUGUCAAGUCAUUCGUCUUUGAAAUCGAAGAUGAUGAUGGAAAAUCCGAGGAUUCUGCCUUUGAGCAGUUCCCUUUUGUGCGACUUCGGUUUGGGCCUGAUGGAAGUUUAUCUCGCGCGUACUCUGUCGUAUCCGGUACUACAAAUUGCUUCGAGCUAGGUGUUUCUCGAGAUGACAACUCUCGAGGCGGGUCUGUUUAUUUGCAUGACAACCUUCAAGUUGGUGACGUUAUCAAGAUCGCCCCAGGACGCAACGCCUCCACAGCCCAAGAUACAAGCUCUGCUCCACAAGCCAUCAAACACAUUUUCAUCAUUGGUGGUAUUGGCGUGACAGCAUUCCUCACUGAGAUCGAGAAGCUAUUGAGUGAAGAGGCAGAUGUACAGGUACAUUAUGCUGUGCGUAGCCACAAAGAUGCCGCUUAUAUGGAACGUCUACCACUCGACAAGACGACUAUAUAUGCCAAAGAUCAGGGCCGACGACUCAAUCUCAGUCAGAUCAUACCCAAGCCAGUGGAUGAGAACAAAGCCACUACAGUCGUUUACUGCUGCGGCCCAACAUCUCUGAUGAAUGCCUGUCGCACUAUAACCACCACUCUGAACUAUCCGAAAGCUAAUAUUCAUUUCGAAGAAUUUGGCGAUGCCACAACAGGAACAGGAGAGCCCUUCGAAGUGGAAAUCAAGUCUACAGGCAAUACAAUUCAAGUGCCUCGUGAAAAGUCUCUUCUUCAGGUACUUUCCGACGCUGGCUUGGAAAUUGAGUCUUCGUGCCUGGUUGGGAACUGCGGGACGUGUAUGGUUGAUGUGUGCAAGGGAGAAGUGGAGCAUAAGGGUGUGGCUUUGAAUGAGGAGCAGAAGAAGGAGUCGAUGUUGAGCUGUGUUAGUCGUGGGAAGGGGAGGAUUAUGAUUGAUUGUUAG